AUGAAGCCACUAGCAGCUUACUACUCCACUUGCCUUCUUCUUCUCCUCUCCAUCAUCAUUCUCUCCCAACAGAUUCACUCCAUUGAAGCAGCGAGGGGCUUCAAACUCAUCAACCAAAAUACCCUCCACAGCAACACCGCGAAAGGCUCUUUCACUACUAUUGUAGCCGAGGUGGAAGAGACUGCUAUCACUAGUCCACCACCGGCAACCUCCGAGCCACAGCAGCCUCCGGCCGCAGCCGCCCCCGGCCGCGGCACCGAUGAUUUCAGGCCCACCACUCCCGGCCACAGCCCCGGCGUUGGACAUUCUACGCACAACUAA